CGGCAGGUGCGACGAGACGGCGGCGGAGCCUCCGGCGGCCGCCGGCCGGGUGGUGCUGGUCAAGAAGAUCGUGAUGAAGGACGGGGACGCGCCUCAGCAGGGCAUCGGCAGACCCAGCGUGUAUCACGCGGUGGUGGUGAUCUUCCUGGAGUUCUUCGCCUGGGGUUUACUCACCACGCCGAUGCUCACGGUUUUACAUGAAACGUUUCCUCAGCACACGUUCCUGAUGAACGGACUCAUUCAGGGAGUGAAGGGUCUGCUGUCCUUCAUGUCGGCUCCUCUGAUCGGAGCGCUGUCGGACGUUUGGGGCCGGCGCUCCUUCCUGCUCAUCACCGUCUUCUUCACCUGCGCUCCGAUCCCUCUGAUGAGGCUCAGCCCCUGGUGGUACUUCGCAAUGAUCUCCAUGUCCGGAGCUUUCUCCGUCACCUUCUCCGUCAUCUUCGCCUACGUUGCCGAUGUGACCGAUGAAAGGGAGCGGAGCACCGCCUACGGUUUGGUGUCGGCCACGUUCGCAGCCAGCCUGGUGACGAGUCCGGCCAUCGGGGCGUACCUGUCGGCGUGGUACGGAGACAACCUGGUGGUCCUGCUGGCCACGCUCAUUGCACUGUCCGACAUCUGCUUCAUCCUGCUGGCCGUCCCAGAGUCUCUGCCCAACAAGAUGAGGCUGAACACCUGGGGGGCGCCCUUCACCUGGGAGCAGGCCGACCCCUUCGCCUCUCUGAGGAAAGUGGGUCAGGACUCCACGGUCCUGCUGAUCUGCAUCACCGUCUUCCUGUCUUACCUGCCCGAGGCCGGACAGUACUCCAGCUUCUUCCUCUACCUGAGACAGGUGAUCAACUUCUCGUCCACGACCAUCGCUGUGUUCAUCGGCGUGGUGGGAACUCUGUCCAUCGUGGCUCAGACGCUCUUCCUCACUCUGCUUAUGAGAUAUCUGGGCAACAAGAACACGGUUCUGCUGGGAUUGGGCUUCCAGAUCCUCCAGCUGGCCUGGUACGGCUUCGGAUCAGAACCGUGGAUGAUGUGGGCAGCCGGCGCCGUGGCAGCCAUGUCCUCCAUCACCUUCCCAGCGGUCUCUGCUCUGGUGUCCCAGUCUGCUGAUCCUGACAAACAAGGCGUCGUCCAGGGCAUGAUCACCGGGAUCCGGGGGCUCUGUAACGGUCUGGGCCCGGCUCUGUACGGGUUCGUCUUCUUCCUGUUCAACGUGGAGCUCAACACCGUGGACCCGAUCCAGGGCGAGUUCAGCAUCGACCCGCUGCCUCUGCACGGCCCCACGGAGCAAGCGCUCAUCCCCGGACCGCCCUUCCUGCUCGGGGCGUGCACCGUGGUCGUGGCCUUCCUCGUCGCGCUCUUCAUCCCCGACAAAACCUCCUCCUCUUCCUCCGAGCUGUCCCUCGGAGACAAGCCCCGCCCGGACACCAAAGAGUCCAUGUCCUCUCUGACUCCGCCCACCGCCAGCGACGAGGACGUGGAGCCUCUGUUGCACGACAGCAUCGUCUGAGGGGCGUGGCUUAAUCGGCCACUCGGCCGGAUCUAAUAAACUUUUAUCGCCAGAUUGUUUUUGGUGGGAAGCCGACAUCACGUGACCCGGAGGUAAGAGACGGCAGCGUGUGAUUGGACAGAGGAGCCGGGGAGGAUUUGAUUGACUGAAAGAGGGCGGGGCCAAUGUGGACGGAGACCGUCU